CUGGCCGCCAGCCAAUCGGGGAGGAGCCGGAUAUGACGUCACUGAAAGCGCAAGGAAGCUGGUGGCCGGACGCGCCAAAUUUCAAAGCACUUCCUCCCGGGAGGAAAGAAAGCCAACGACUUUGUCCAAACACCGACGAAAGGGGUUCGAUUAAACGACAAAAACAACAACUUCCCCCGCAGCUCGACGCUCGUCGUGGAGGAGAGAAGCCGGUCAAAAUGACUUUGUUGCCAUGAGACCCAAAAGGAACACAGAUGAUGAAUUAUUAAGGAAAAACUACUCUUUUUAGAGGGAGGCAACACACCUGCAAGCCUCUGGACUCCCAAGUCCCCUGCUGGAGAACCUUCGAUCAGUUAUUUAUUUAUGUCUUCGCUCUCUCAAACGCUAAUGCUAACACCUGUUGGCCAGUGCCUGUGCACCACGCACCCCUGACCUCCAGGAUCCUGUCUAGCGAGGUUGACGACGCCCUCUAUAGCAGAUGCCUUCCACGAAAUUAUUUCCCACGACCAGAGCGACUCCCUGAAUGCAUCACAGCCUGCUGUAGCGUAGGGAGGGCUGGGGGCCCGGGGGCUUCAAGUUCUGUCAGUCAUGCUCUCGGGGGUGCAGCCUUGCUUCCAGCUGCUCCGCAUCGGUUCUUCUUCGGCGGAGGACUCUGCGCGGGACCUCUACACCUUCCGGCCAGCGCUCGGCCACUCCGUGUUCCGCCUGGGCCGAGCGGCCGAGCUGUGCGAUGUCACGCUGGACUCGUCGACGGUGUCCCGCAUCCAUGCCGAGCUGCAUGCCGAGCGGGAGGCGUGCGGGGGCGAGGCCGUGUCCCAGGAGGAGGGAUGGAGGGUCCACAUCAAGGACAGGAGCAGUCACGGCACCUGGGUCAACGAGGUCCGCCUCCGGCCCGGCAUCCAAUGGGAGCUCUCGGACGGCGACGCGCUGACGUUCGGUGGACACUCGCCUCCCGGUAGCUCCGAGUUCUACUUCCUCUUCCAGAAGGUCAAAGUUCGCCCGUUGGACUUUGACGCCAUCACCAUUCCAAAGGCGGGAACCUUUUCCUCCGACUUGCAGAACCGAAUCCGAACCAACCCGGACCGCAAGGCGGCGCCCGCCGUGGAGUCCAUCAACCGGGCCACCGUCAUCCUCAACUCCAUCGGCAGCCUCAGCAAGAUGAAGGGUAGCGCGUGGACCUUCCAGAGGAGCCACAGCCACGAGGGCACCGCCUCCGACCCGGGCUCCUCCUCCUCGCCGCCGCUCCCGCCGCUAAGGGCAGGCCCCUCCCCUUUGCUGCACUCUUCCACGCCGCCUCCCUUCUCCACCGCCCCCUCGCUCGCCUCCAAGGCCCUCCCGGCGGCCUCCAGGAGCCGCAGGAAGUCUGCUCACACGGUCUUGCUGGAGGACGACAGCUCGGACGAGCCCAGGAACAGAAAAGUGCUGGCAGGACCGGAGGACGAAGGACAGCGGGCGCGCGGUAGGAAGAAGCGGCGUCUCUACAAGUCUGAGUCGGAAGAUCUCGGCUCACCGCCGCCGCCUCGCCCGUUUCACCCCAAAGGCCAGAGUGAGCUGCGGCUGCCGCAGGAGUCCAAACCCUUCCCUGUGGGGAUCCGGACCAUCGGCAGCUUCCACGGCGCUAUGACCAACAGCAGACUGGACCAGCACCUCCUCCCCAAGCCCGCCAUGCUCCGACAAGAGCAAAAGGCGCCGCGACAUCUGCACAGCGGCGCACGCGGCAACUCGGCCGCCUUCUGCCAACAGCGGCCCGCCCUGUCGGCGCAGAGGGGCCGCAGGAGAGCUCACAGCUCACCGGUUUUCUCCCCCCUGGUGGUGGGAGGGGAGAACUACAACCUGGCGUCGCCCUCUGUGCGGAUCCGCGCGGCCACGAGAGGCAGGGCGGCGUUCAACGGGUUUCACCAGCAGCCCAGCAAGCGGCGAGGCCGACCCCGCAAGCACCCUCUUCCUCCUCGACCUUCCCUUCCCUCGCCAUCGUCCUCGUCCUCAUCUUCCACCUCCUCGGCCUCGUCCUCCUCGGGCUCCUCCUCGUCGUCAUCUUCCGAGGACGAGGAAGAGGCGGCGGCGUCCGGGGCGGUGGAGCCGUGCGCGGCUCCCCGCUGCCUGCUGCCCCAGCAGGACACGGUGCAGUGGAUCCAGUGCGACGUGUGCGAUGCCUGGUACCACAUCGACUGUCUCCACGUGGACCGCAAGAAGCUCCUACGGGACCCCAGCGCCGACUUCAACUGCGGCUGCUGCUGAGGGCUCUUUCGCUUCCACGUAAGCCUCGAUUAACUGCCGAAGAGCGCGCUGGACCGUCACUUCCUGUUGCUUCCUCGCGCUUUCAUUUUGGAGGAAUCAAACGUUUCAGGUGUGACGUUGUCCUCAUAUCGACAUGGCCCCCUAAAUACCGUAGUGGUAAUUAAACCUCAUGCGAUGGGCGUGUUCUUGCCUCAUGGCGAUGAAGACGAGAGGCCUCAUAAGCAGCUGCGCUCAGACUCACUGGUCACUUCAUUAGGUACACCAUGCGUGCCCAGGUUUUAGCUGUCCCUAAUGUUUUGAAGUUAUUCACAAGCAAAAUUCUGCAUAUUAUAUAUUUUUAAAGGUUCACUUUUUUUGUAAUGAAUCUCAUCAGUGGGUGUACCUAAUAAAGUGGCCAUCUCCUCAACCGUCGAGUCUUCGCGGUCGUGUUUGGCGCCCCCCCGAGGUCGUUGGUGGAGCUGCAGUCAUACUUAGCGAGCUAAUACUCGAGCAAUAAAAUUACAUGUUAAACAAUCUAUGCGCUUGUUAAUGAAUGUGGCGGGAAAACGCGCGUCUUAUCCGCGCCGUUCAAAGAUUGUGUUCAUGUUGAAAGUUAUGUCCCUCAUUAAUUAGACGCUUUACUACUUUUUCUACCGUGUUCCGUUCUUUGUCGGCAGAGGGCAGCAAAACUCCAGGGAAGACUCCCGCUGCCGCAGCGCACUACCGCCGCCUGAGGAACAAAGUGGUAUUGCAUGACAAUGUGCAUCCACUUCCAGGUGGAAUUAAACUCUUUCAUCUGGGCAGAAAUAAACGAGUUACACCAGGACAGUCCAUUCAAAUACACAAAAAUGAUUUGUAAUGGAUUUUUAUUUUUUACAAAGAUGCCAUCAAAUCGUUUAAAUAACCAAAAUGUAACCGGAAUCUUGAUUUGCCUUCGGGCCACCAGAGGGCAGUGUUGCUUUUCACUUAUUACACAGCAUUCAUCUCACUUUCUUCAUCUUCUCGCCAACCUGUUCAAAGAUCAUUCUGUCCUUCUAAAGCAGUGGUCCCCAACCUUUUUUGCACCACGGACCGGUUUAAUGUAGGCAUUAUUUUCAGGGACCGGCUUCCCACUUGUGAAAAAUGCAACUCACUAUAACAGUUAAUUAGUGGGAGCCCUGGGCUUGUUUCUUUGCAAUUAAAUGCCGAUGGAAAUCUGCCUUUGGCUACAAUCUGUCACAUUUAUAUUUGAUAGGUUCAUUAAUGUGCAUUGUAUCAUGUCACAAAGUUAUAACAAAUGGCAACUUCCUAUGAGGAGUUUUAUUGUACAUCUAUAAACAAGCUCAUUGGUGUGUCUAGUGCACAGGUGUCAAACUCAACAUUUUAUAUGGCCCGCAAAAGCCUGAAAAUAACGUCAAUAAAAUACCUUAUUUUCUUUCUUUA